AUGGCCGAGCGGUCUAAGGCGCCAGACUCAAGGUUAACCUUGCCUGCCCGCAGCAGGUUUAUGUGUGUUCUGGUCCUCUCUGAGGGCGUCGGCAGUGGCGGUGUGAUGGUGCGGGAGGCCACAGUGCUACUGCUGGCGGUAGCACUGUGCCACGCCGCCACCACACUCGACUCCGAACUCGGCGUCGGCAAGGCGAUCAACAUCUUCAUGAGGUAUGGCUACCUCAGCAUAUGCAUGCGCGUCGUGCCGCGCAACGACACCGAGGGCUGGGUGUUCAGGGAGCCCACGGUGAGCGUGUUCCGCGAAGUGGAGCGGUUCACGCUGAUGCCGAAGCCGCGCCAGCCCAAGACGCUGUUCGACGGCGACUUCCAUAUGGAGUUCUGCGACAACCUCAAGCAACUCCUGCAGGCGUACUUCCGCGACUUCAGUUUCGAGAGGCUGGAGAGGCCUUGGCGCGCCUUCACUGCGGGCUGGCCCACUGACAUAAUGGCGCGGAACCUGGGAAUAAACUCCUCGUUCAUCACCGGGGACCACUGCUACGUCCUAGUCAGGGUGUCCAGGUUCCGCGAAACUGCGAAGCUGAGCGACCUGCCGCCAAACAUCGCGGUCGAGGACGUGGUCUUCGACGCGAUCGAGGAGUCCACCAUAGGCGACACCGUCUCCAUAGCGGACUUCAUACGGAAAUACGGCUCUCAUUACAUUGCGUCGUACAUCACCGGUAACUCCUUGUACCAGGUGUUUGUGUUCUCGCGUGGAGUGUACUCGAAGAUAAAGGAGCGAGUCAAGUCGCAGGGCGUGAAAGACGUACCGCCUACAGAGAUGAAUAACUUCUUCUCGCCGUUCUUUGCCGAGCACGUUGGCGCGGUCAAGGUAUUUGUAUUCUCUAGAACCGCAUACUCCAUGAUCAAAGAAAGAUUAAAAAGCAAAGGAGUAGCUGAUAUAACCGCUAAGGAGCUAGAAGGCUACUUCUCGCCAUGGCAUGCUAAACAUAUAGGCCAGAUUAAGGUGGCCAGCGGCAAUAAAACGGUGGAGAACUGGGCUAUGAAGCGACUUCGAGUCCACUACUACAUUUUCUCCUACCCCAGCCUAUUGAAAUUGCACGGGGAGCCAACAUUGUUGCGGAAUUUGGACACGCUUCUCGGUAAUGAGGCGUUGCUUCAGCUAGAUUUAAAGACUUUAGCGCCCGCUUUCAAGGACGCGAAGAAGAAAAAGUGGUUCGAAGAAGUGAUAGACAAUUAUUUAAAACUAUGGGAGAGUAAUAUG